AUGUCGAAACGUUUCGAUAGGUUGCUCGAGAAAGCAACUGAUUCGACAUUGAUUGAGCCGAACUGGGAUGUGAUAAUCGAAUGUGUUGAUCUGAUCCGAGCCGGCGAAGCACCCAUAAAACCAGCGGUUGCAUCGAUUCGUAAACGCUACCAUAACGAAAAUCCUCAUGUUGCUCAUCAUGCAUUACUUGUUCUAGAGGCAUGCAUGAAGAAUUGUGGAAGUAAAUUCCACGCAGAAGUGGCCACGAAAGAUUUCAUGGAGGAUCUGAAAAAUCUCUCAUUGGACAGUACAACAGAUAAGGUGAAAAAUAAGAUACUGGAACUGCUGCAGUGUUGGGCGAUGGCGUUCAAAAAUAAGCCGGAAUAUAAGAUUGUUGUUGAUACGCAUAAUUUGAUGAAGUUCGCUGGUUUCGAAUUUCCGGAAGUGGCGGAAGCCGAGGCAAUGUUCGUUGCUGAGAGUGCACCCGAAUGGGCUGAUGGCGACGAAUGCUUCAGGUGUCGUACGGCAUUCGGCCUAAUCACCCGCAAACACCAUUGUCGAGCAUGUGGACAAAUCUUUUGCGAUAAAUGUAGCAGUAAACAGAGCUAUUUACCGCAAUAUGGUAUCGAAAAGCCGGUUUGUUAG